GCUUUUCACUGUGAAUUGCGGUGGAUGAUAAAUCUGUUUGAUUUGGUUUACAAUUUACUGAGAAUUGUUAGUUGUGAAUACCAAACUUUGGUCAAAGCAUACGAACAAACAAUCAAUCAAAAUCCUUCGAACAGAGAGAUUGGCCAACGAGAAUUUGCGAUCGACCACGAAGCAAUCGACGAAGUCGCGACAAAACCCUGGUCCUGUUUCAGAAUCUGGUUUUGGAAAAAUCCCAGAUUUGUCUCUGAAACAGCUUACGUAUAAUGCUCAAAGCUAUCCAGAUUCUGGGCUCGUCGUCUGGAUUUAUCAUCUCUCAGGGAUUGACGAAGAAGACCCGCAAGUCCGCCGGCGUUUCUUUCAUCUCUUCGUCGGCGAACCCUCUAAAUUUCUCGGCUUUUCCCUCUGUUAUCUGCGCUUCGAACUCGCCUGUCCCACCCUUUCUCUCGGCUCGGAGAAUCCGCUGUUUGGGUCAAAAUCAGAUGUCCUCGACGCGUUCGGAGCCCGACCCAGUUUCCAAUUCCUCGGCCUCUGCGUCUGUUCAAUCAGCUGGAGAUGUCCGUAAGAUCAAAUACUGUCAAUGGUGUGGUGGUCAGACGAAGCACGAGAUACCUGACGGGGAGGAGAAGUUGCGAGCCAUUUGCACACAUUGCAGCAAAAUUGCCUACCAAAACCCUAAGAUGGUUGUAGGUUGCCUUAUAGAACAUGAACAGAAGGUCUUACUCUGCAAACGUAACAUUCAACCUUCAUUUGGUCUUUGGACUCUUCCUGCGGGAUACUUGGAAAUCGGGGAAUCAGCUUUGGAUGGAGCGGUGAGGGAAACGUGGGAAGAAGCAGGAGCCGAAGUUGAAGUUGUAUCACCUUUUGCACAACUCGACAUUCCUCUUAUCGGCCAAACUUAUGUUAUAUUCUUAGCAAAGCUGAAGAGUCCACAUUUUGCGCCUGGUCCCGAGUCAUCAGAGUGUCGUCUCUUUGCGUUGGACGAGAUACCAUUUGAUUCUCUAUCGUUUUCAUCGAUUUUUGUUACCUUAAAUUUGUACUUGGAAGAUGUCAAAAAUGGAGGAAUUAAGUUUCACUAUGGUACCAUCAAUAAAAGGGCCGGGAGUAGUCCUUCAGAUAUCCGGGCCUUCACUCUUGACUACCAUUUGCAGUCAUAACUCGAGGUUUGAAAUUCAUUUCCCCUUUAUAGUUAUGCAUUGGAGAACGAUUAAGAUUCUUUCUUGAAAAAGAUCUUUCAAUGACGAAAUCCUUAUGGAAUCUGGAGAGGUCCCCCUCUGGAAUUUGCUCAGGGGCCUAAAUGACCUUCUUGAAAUGGCGGAUUCGAAGCUCUAGCAGACAAAACAUGACGAUGAUCCUUGUUGGUUCUGAAUCUGUUUGGCGUUUCAGGGCAUGCUUGUGCGGCUAUUGAUCAUGCAUACAUGUUUUGUCUGAUAUUUCAGACUUGUUCUAAUUAUUUAGUUUUUUUUAUACAUUCACUGAAUUAGUUGCCAUAAUAAUACUCUGUUUUUUUGUUGUA